AUGGCUCCUUCAUCCCAAGAAGAGGAGAUCAAAAUGCUCAAGCGUGCGCUGCGGGCUGAGCAUUUCGAGGCUGAAUGCAAGAGGCUGAAUGAGCAAUGCCUGGCGUUGCUGCUGGAGAAAGAGGGGUGGGAGAAGGAGAAUGAGAGACUGAAGGAAGAGAGGGAUGAAUCAAAGGCGGAUCUGUCUGAAAUACUGGGCAAGCUCGUGUUAAUCGCUGGUGAGCUGCCAGAUUUGGUCACGCAUGAGCUUCAGACUGACUGUGACCUGUCCGACUUUUCUCAUGAAUCGGAGAUCUCACCUUAUGCUCAAGUACCGCUUGGCGCACCGAAACAGCAAAAACGCUCAGUUGACCCCGACCAUUUGGCCACGAAGCGGAGACGUACUUUGCGAGCGAACCCAACCUCGUCCCAAAAAGAAGGCGAGGAGUACUUCUCGAUGGAAGAAGACGAGGAAGGGACGCCUCCGAGACUCAGAGUUCUCACCCUCCAGGAAUCUCGCCUUCCCGUCUGA